AUGACCGGAGCGGAUAUUUUUAUCGCCGGGGUUCGACCGAAUGGAUCAACAUAUGUGCAAGAUUUCCACGCAAAUGGAGAGACAAUGCCGGUCUUGGAUACUCAACAGGAUUGGAGGCUACUGGAUGCUUACGAAAUACAGGCAGAGAACAAGACAAUUUUAAAAUUUUCGCGCCUUCUUGACACCUGUGAUGAGCAGGAUUUAGCCAUUGGGAGCGACACGACCCGAAUAAUCUGGGCGCUAGGAGACAGCGAUACGAUCGCCUAUCACGGCGGGACUAACAGAGGGACAAAGAGUAUGAAUUUAAUCAAUCCCCAGAUACCCGAACUGGACCUGGCAAGCUUACAGAACUACGCGAUUGAUAUGAGUAUCAGGUUGCCACCGAUGGACACGGUUUACUGGUGUACACUCCAUAAAGGGCCCACUUUAACCAGAAAGCAUCACAUCGUAGCGUGUGACACGCUCGUCUACACGUGGGCAAAGGGUGGCAAGAUGAUGAUAUUUCCUGAAGAUGUGGGCUUCCCUAUUGGAGAAACGUCAACCGCACAAUAUUACAUGGUCGAAGUGCAUUACGACAAUCCGCAGCGGUUGGAGGGUAUCUUUGUCGAAACGGGAUUGAUAAUGCAUUACACCCCUAAAUUGAGAUCCAUCGACGCGGGAAUACUCGCUAUUGGUCAAGGCGUCGAUAUUUCGCUAACCAUCCCGCCUAAUCAGGAUGGUUUCAAGGUCGUGGGGCAUUGCAGUCCUCAAUGUACACAGGAAGCGCUAGGGCCCGAAGGAAUCACCGUGUUCGGGUCCAUGCUUCACUCACACAAAUCCGGCCGAAAAAUGAAGACACGCCAUCUCCGAGAGAACAUAGAACUUCCCUGGAUCGAUUUCGACAAUCCUUAUGAUUUUAGCUUCCAGCAGAACAAGGUUCUCCUUCAAACCCGUCAGAUUCUCCCCGGAGACCAGCUGUCCGUCGAGUGCACGUAUUCUUCCAUAUGGAGGAACGGGAAGCCCGUAAUCGGGGGACGCUCCUCGUACGAAGAAAUGUGCCAAAGUGUACUCUGGUAUUAUCCGAGAAAUCAGCUACAAUGCAUGUCUCGCUACGACGUGGAUACACAUUUGGCCGAUUUUGGGGUCGAGAAGUACCACAUCGUACGGGGUUUGUCGUCACUGCGAUACAUCGUGGACACACCGGCUCCCAUCGCGGGCGAUUAUUACGACCUGGUCGCCACAAAGUUUAAUUGGACAUAUGGCUUUUUACGCGCGUAUCAGGAAGAAAGAUUAAAUGGAUCAAAUGUCACAAUGUGGCGGGAAACAAAGACCUACAAGAUAUCCGAAAAAUUUAAUCGAGUAUUUUCCAAAUAA